CUUGAUCAAACUUCAUCCAGUCCUAAGACGUGAUCAAACUUCAACCAGUCUUAAGACUUGAUCAAACUCCAGUCCUAAAACGUACCUACGAUCAGUUCUCCUAAUUAGCAUUUCUACCGGGCAAUUCUUGGGUCAUAAUUCCUGUGGGGGUCAACUCGAAAACGAGACACAGUAAUCAGACUGAGUUUAUUGUUCACGGUAUGUGUUGGCUUUGUCAAUGCGCUUCGUAACAAAUAUAGAUUACGCAAUUUUGUAUCAUUUGCUCACUCCUGUGCAGCAUAAGCGUCCAGACAAUUAAGGUUGACCCCCACUCAAAUCACUAUGAAAUAUAUGAAGUAAUCCUAUAAGGACUGCGUAGUCGCUGACCGAAUCAGUUUACGAAAUGCUGGCGCGGAUUCAUGGGACUGUCGUUCACUAUAUAUUUUUUACCUGAAGUAUCUCAUGUUUAUGCUGACUGAAUCCAACGCAGGCCUGCAUUCCUUUCGACUUCCUGCAGUGUUUCGAAAGCAUGCAUAAAAUUUGCAUAAAUAUUUUCGAAAUAAACGUGAAUUUUAAUCCAUUGCAUCGCGCUGAAAUAUAAUUGUUUUUUAUCAAAUUUCUUGAAAAGCAAUCACUGAAUAUCACACAGUAUUCUACAGCGUUGAUUUUCGUUUGCUUGCGUUACUCAUUUCCGAGAAAUUCGUUAACUUUUUUACACCAGACUUGGAAACAUUUGGUAAAGAUCACAUAUGGCUGAAAGUGAAACGAGUGAAAUCACUGACAUUCAAAAAACUCCCAUUGCACCAAUGACUAAGAAUCUCAGUAUUCCUUCAAGUACACUAACGCCCGUCAUCACUAUGGCAACCACUAUGGCAAUACCAUUUAAUAACAUGGUGAAGCCAGAGCCAACUGAAUGUGUGCCCAGUUGUACCCCAACCCCUAUGACCCUCGAUCUCUCUGCAGCUGCAACCCUUCUCAAUAUCACGUCCAGCUCCGCGGCGAUGACCCCCGUCACCCCUGAGUGUGAACCAACCCAGAGCAAACUCUUUCACCUUGUUAGUACAGGAGACCAGCAACCCACCCUAAGGUAUGUCCUCUCACUUGCCCCAAGUGGUACCCCUAACCCAGUGACACCCACCUCUGACACUAACUCAACAGCCCAAGUUGGUGAAUCUAAUCAGAACAACACUGUGGUACUCCACCCGAAGCCUGAACCCUUCCCCACGCAAAUGGUGACCAACAACCCUGGGCUUGUCAUUGCAUCGAAUGGUGUUUCUACAAUAGACUAUCAAAACGAACAACCUAUCAUGUUGACAGAACCCAAUUUUUCAUCUCAGUUGAAAAUAACUUCUCCUGGAAAUGAAACUCUACCAACUUCAGCAAUGGAUAUUGAAGCUUUUGCAAAGUUCUUUAAACAACGGAGGAUUGCUCUGGGAUUCACCCAAGAAGAAGUUGGUCUUGCGUUAGGCACCCUCUAUGGGAACAUGUACAGCCAGACAACAAUAUGUCGUUUUGAGGUUCUCCAACUCAGCUUCAAAAAGAUGUGCUCUUUGAAAAAGUUGCUUGAAAGGUGGCUAGAGGAUGCUACAGAAAAAGUUGGUGAUGGUGGCGUUCGAAAAAGGAAGAAAAGAAUGAGUAUAGAUGGCACAAUGAGAUCGAUUUUGGAAAGCCAUUAUGCUGUUGAGAAGAAGCCGAAAAGCGAGGAUAUAGCAAAAAUUGCUACCGAAGUGCAUGUCGAGAAGGAGGUUGUGCGUGUGUGGUUCUGCAAUCGUAGGCAGAAAGAGAGAAGGAUGGCAAACGCAGGUAACCUUCCAGACGAUCUGGGCAAGGAUCUGAGAACUUCUGGAUAUUUAUUCAAGCAAGAAUGUGCGGACACUGACAGCGAACUUAAGGAAAACUGUCAGAAACUUUUGUCUCUCAUCGAAGGAGAAAUUAAAAGUUAGAAGGUAAAGAUAUCUGAGCUGCAGAUAGACAAUAGGAGAAAGACAUACAAAAUGACUGUCUCCAAAACUUGUAUAACAAAGCAUAUAGUAAUGAGUUGAAGGCACUGGCUUUAUUCAAUACAUGCCUAGAAUUUGUUGCAAACAAGUAAAAGUUCAUGCCUGUUGUUAAGAUCUUGUAAGAAUAUGUUGUGCUUUGCUAAAGUCCUGUUCAAUGCUAGCAGUUGUAUUUGUUGUUAUUCCCAUCCUUAUAAUUGUGUGAAUGUCGGAGCAGGUUCAGAUUAGAUUGGUUUUUCAAAAACUUUUGACUUGCGUCUAAUAUUUACUUUGAUUCAAACUAGGAGUCCUUUUUAAAUUCCAGUUUUCUUAUAUAUCAAGAAACAACCAAUGGCAGCUGACAAAAUACAUCCUUUUUAGCGACCAAAUGCUAUCUUGGCUGAGGUUGCUGACCCGGAAGUGUGGAUAUAUUUCGCUAGCAGAAUUUGGGCUUUAGCAAGCAUAAAUGGUGGUUGUUUUGUUGAGCCAAAAUAUCUUAGAAUACCAGCUCAGAAUAGCUUGUAUAAUGUAAGCUCCGAGGUUAUGUUUAGUGCUCUUAUAGCAGAGUUAAGGCAUUGUAUAGUUUUAAAAUAGCUUGUUUCCUUUUAUAUAUAAUUUAUGUUGUAAUGACAACUAAGCAUAUGUUAAUUAAUGUAAAUAAAGCACGUUGG